AUGUUUAUGCUGAAACGAAUUCACGAAAACUUCUCACUCACUGAAAAAUUGUGCGAGGAUUUUCAGUUUUUAUUCCUCGCACUAAUUAAAAAGGAUCAGAAAGUGGACGGACUAUCGAUUGGUUAUGUAUUUAAAGUCAAAACAGAAUUUUGUGAGCAUAAGCAAGCAGCACACUUGACAAAAAGCACCGAUGUGCAGCAAGCAGCAAUGGCUGAGCAAUGUCCACUCUGUCCGUGUAAAUGUUUAGAAUUACGUGCACAUCUAUCUGAGGUUAAGGAACAUAAAAUAGCUGAAGAAGCAAUCAAACGAUUGUUACUCAGUAACGCAUCAAGCAACUUGCUCACUGAUUCAACAGAUUCUGAUAAAAAAAAACAACACGAAAAUUUCAGAAAAAUUUUUGCUCAGUUUAUUGCCAUUAGAUACCGAAUUUUAAUUAAAUUAAAUUUUAAAGAUUCAAUCAAUUUAAACAAUAAAACGGAUCGACAAAUUUAUCGUUAUCAUUGUUCACAAUGUUCACUGGCUUUUCGUACAGAACAACGUUUAGCUAGCCACAUUUUGCAUCAUACUUUUCGAGCCAGCACUCGUUGUACUAAUUGUGAUCAAACUUUUCGCUCACAUGAAUUAUUAAAAAGGCAUACUGCUCAAGAGCAUAGCAAUAAUAAUGGCAAAGCUUGUAGUCCGCCAACUACAAGUUCUUAUCAGUGCGAGUCAGAUGAAACAACAGUUGAUGAUAAAAUGGAAAUUGAUCAAGUUGAUACUUUGAGGCCUUUCAAAUGUGAACUUUGCAAAGAGAAUUUUGAACAAAAGCAUCAUUUACUAGUGCAUUAUAAUUCAGUAGAUCACCUUCAUAAGGCUAAAAAAAUGCUUGAAGAACAAUCAAACAACUUUCAACCGAGUGCACAAAUUUUGGCAGCACUACAAGCUUCAACAAGUUCUCAGUCCUUGCAAGGAGGCUCGAAACCAUUCAAGUGUAAUUUAUGCAAACUGGGAUAUGGACAAGGAUCUACUUUGGACAUACACAUAAGAUCAGUUGCUCAUCAGUCACGCUUGGCAAAGGUAGCAGAACUUUUGGCUCAAGGCGAAAUUGAUGGUUGUAAGCCAAUUGUUGAGCAACCCGGUGGCCCGACACAAAAAAUUUUAGCUGAAUUAGCUAACAAGAAUGAUUCAACUGCCAAUUUAUUACAGAAUAAUUGA